AUGGAGAACGGAAGUUCUUUUAGCGAUAUGAAUUUUUUACAAGACUUUAACUUUAGUGAUAACACGUUAACCGCUACAACGGGGAUCUGGGAAGACACAUCAGCUGCAUCUCAGCUCCCCAUUACUCAAGGAAACUGGAACGCGUACGAAGAGCUUCCAGUUGCCUCGGCAGAUCUUAACGAAACAUUCAUAAACACAAACUGUACAGAGUCUGUCAUCAACCCUGCCCUAAUAACAACAAGAUCUGCUAGUCGAGCUGAAAAUGCAGUGCAGUCAAACCAGAGCGAAGACUCUGAUAAGAGUCACAUGAGAAUAUCUGCGCAAGGGGAAAACCUGGGGGAAGGACAAAGAGAGGUGUAUUGUCUAUGCCGUAAACCAGAUGACCAUCGAAUUAUGAUUCAGUGUGAUAAGUGUAGAGAAUGGUAUCAUCUAGCGUGCGUGAAGUUGACAAAGGCAAAGGCGGAUAAAAUAAGGAAAUAUUACUGUCCAGUUUGCAAUCCACUAAAUCAAGUUGCCAUACCAACUGAGGAAGAAAUCGACGCAGUAAUGACGGACGAACAUUUCGAAUCAGUCGUCAUUGGCGGUGACAACAUUGUCAAUAUGGAUGUCGACGGCCCAAAGAAAAACUGCCUUUAUCCGGGGUGCCAAGGUGAAGCACGCGAGAAAGAUGCUUACUGUAGCGAUAACUGUGCAGUAAUGGAUGCCGAUAACGUGUUGAAACGGCUCGCUGUGCAGAUGGAGCCACAACCAGAAUUCACACCACUUAAUGCCCCUACGAAACCUCUUCCACUUGCUCUAUCUGUUGAAUCUGUUGAAUCUGAUGAAUAUGCUCAAUCUACACAAUCUACUCCAUCUAUUCAAUCUACUCCACCUGUUCAAUCAGUCGUACAGGAAAUUAAAUCAACAACUGUCCCAGAACUCAAAUUGAAUACAAUGUCAAAACAGUCUACUCCGUCUCCAAAUACUGAGAAUAAUGCGGUCCCAGUGAAAGAUCGUAUUCGAAAAUUAUCUAUUAAACAGUUCACUGAUAUAUUUACUCCCUUGUUUGCUGACCUAACCAAGAAUAACGAUAUGUCCGGCUCUGAUGGAGAGCAUCUUGCUAAAGCAGAGAAACUGGCACGGAAUAUAGAAUUUGCUAUGUUCAACAAUUUUGCUACAAAGAACAGCAAUGGAAUACCCGUGACAUGUGACCAACCAUACAAAUCAAAGUUUAGAAGUCUAUAUACUAAUCUCAAAGACAAGAAAAACAGUUCUUUGAGAUUGAAAGUAGUCAAGGGUGAUAUAUUCCCAGAAAAAUUAGUUAAUAUGUCAUCAGAAGACCUAGCUAAUCCAGAAUUAAAAUCAAUGACUGAGAAAAUAAGAAGAGAAAGCAUUAACAAGUCUGUCCUGCAGGCCCCAGUACAUGAGCCAAGGAUAAAGAAGACACAUAAAGGAGAAUUUAUAAUUGUCGGCGCAAGAUCAUCAUCACCCGGACCCGAUAAUUUCAAAGACGACCAAAAACCAAAUGAUGAUACGUCAUUGAUAUCGCCUACUUCGCCGUCCACGUCUUUUAGGACUAGACUUCCACAAAGAUCUGAUAGCUCGUCAUCAUUUAUCGGAGCAGACUCAAAGGACAAUACUGUUGCUCCUAGAGCAACGAGUAGCAGUCUUGAUCAGAUGUUACGAAGACUUAGCGCGAGUGACUCCCCUUCCGCUGAUAAAAGGUCCCCUGAUGAAGCUGCAUGGGAUCCUUCGGCUCCAGAGCCCACACUAGAAGAGUCAAGUCCGUUUAUGGGGUCCCCUAUGACGGGGCUCUCUCCGAGUACAACAGAUUCAAUUGGGAACACCCCCCCAUUUACGGCAUCUCCGUCUCCACCUCAUUCGCCAUCCACAGGGAAAGUUCUAUCCAACAAACCAGUUUGGAGUGGGCAAGUCAUUUACAACUCUGUUGCCGAUUUCAAGGCUGAAGCGACUUUAGUCGCGGCACGAACAAUUCAGAAUCGCGAUUGGAGCCAAAUUAUGACUCCAACAAUGUUUAUCGAAGGACGAAUAAAAAUUGACGAUGCAUCGCGAUAUUUAUCGCAACAAGGAUGCUCGGUGACAAAAGACGUGGUAGUUAUACAAAUAUCACCAAUUGAAGGGACAGAGUCUCGGGAACAGUUUGAACUCUUGUUUGAUUAUUUCCAUUCUCGCGAACGUUUUGGAGUAGUAGGACAUAGAUUUGCUGCUGUGAAAGAUAUGUAUCUUGUGCCACUUGCACCGCAUGAUGAAACGCCUGAAUUUAUCCAGAUAUUGGAAAUCGAUGAAGUACCGGAACAAAGGGAUACAAAUAUAAUGUUGGCCGUAAUAGUUAUAAUUAAGACCCCAUCUUCAAAACGUAAGCCACAAUCAUCAUUGAGUGCUGCGAUUGCAAAGAAAGAAAAAACGGACUCCCAAACUGUUUUACCAAUUAGUGAGCAUAACACUAACUAUCCGAUUAGUCACGGCAUAGAUGAUUCGAAAUCUCAGCGAGAUGUCAAUGAGACAGUGAAUUCCGCAGCUUAUGGCUCUCUAUGGACAGGGCGGCCGUCCCAAAAUGACAUUCCCCAUGGAAUAGUACAGUCCUAUCUCAACCAGCCUUCGAACAUAUCCCAAACUCCUCCUAAAAUAGUCUAUGGUUAUGACAACAUGGGAUCGAUACCGUUGCCAAUACCUACGCCACAACAGCAAAACGCUCAACCCGUUUCAAUGCCCAUGCCGCAACAGAACGCGCCACCCAUAUCAAUGCCUAAUCUCCAACAAAGUACUCAAUCAAUGCCAGUACCUCCCCAACAGUCGGGCGCUCCAUCCAUUGCAUUACCUACGCCUCAACAGCAAGGUACAAUAUUCAAUAAUCCUUAUCCAGCUGCACCAGCUGCAUCUGCCAGUCAACCACCGCCAUAUCAGGCACCUCCACAACCGUAUCAGCCGCCGCCUAUAUUUAAUCAAUAUUAUGCUCCGCAGAACGCGCAAACCGUAGCGCCGCAUCCACCCACAUCAAUAUCUCCAGAAAGGCAGUUGCAACAAGCAUUACCUCCGUCACAGCCAGGACAACAACCACCGCCAUCCUUCAAUCAAUUCAUGCCCCCUACACGCGAGUCAAGACCAUGGAAUCAGAUAGAUCAAAGGCCAUGGGGAUCUGAUGAAAGAGUGUCUUGGGAAGAAAAGCAUCGACAACAGAUGUGGCCUGAUGAUCGUGAGCCAAAUCCUUGGGAUAAUAGAAGACCAACAUGGGAAAGAGAGCAUAGGCGUAGCGCGUCACCUCCGCAUCCCGAUCGAUAUCGCACAUUUUCACCAACCCGCCGAGGAGGUCGCCCUCUUCCAUCGCGUGGUAAUGGACGUAGAGGCACAUUGCCUCCCCGUGGUAAUCGCCGUGGUGGGAUAGGUAGAGCAACCGAUAGAGAAGGGUCGGAUCGUGAACGAUGGAUUGAGAGAGAAGAGUCUGGUAGAAAAGAGAGAAAGGAGGUUAUUGGAACAUCUAGUGGUGGAUCACGUGGUGGACGUGCGCGUCGAGGAUAUACCCGACGCUGGGAUUAA